UUAAAACGAAGUAAUCGGACGUCUCCCUAGGGGCUUAGGGUUAGGUAUUUCCGGCGGCAUUCUUCUCUCUCGAUCGUGAGAGGAGGGAUCGCCUGGCUUGGUUGCUGGUUUUGAGUCUAAGGAGGUCUCUGCCUGGAGAUUAGGAGUGCUGAUUUCCUUCGUUUUUGGUUAAACUACUAUUGGCUUUGGCUCUACGUUCGAAAGCAGGGGUAGGCUUUUGUCGGCCACUCUUAGGAAGAAACAUGGAUGAAAUAGCUAACAAAUGCAGGGACAUGGUGAUCGGGAAUCAGGAAGAGGAGUUGGUCUUUGAGGAGGAGGCUCUUGAAGAAGAAGAUGGUUCGGGCAAGCAGGAGGUCUAUCCCGUGGUAGGGACUGUCAUCACUAAUAAGAUGGUGAAUUUCUCGGCUCUUCGUAAGCUUAUGGCCUCACUUUGGAUUCCUGGUAAGGGUAUCUCCAUUAAACAAAUUGAUGAAAAGAGGUAUAUGUUUACUUUUUACCAUCCUAUAGAUGUGAAACGUGCGCUUGAAGAUGGACCAUGAUUUUUGAACAGAAUCUGCUAGUUCUUCGGGCGCUGCAGCCCGGGGAUGUACCACUCCGUGUUCCUCUAAAUGAGGCCGAAUUCUGGGUCCAGGUCCAUGAUAUUCCUUAUGAUUUUAUGAAUUUGGGUGUGGCCAGGAGGAUUGGAAAUUUUGUUGGAAAAUUUGUUAACUGGGAAAAACCCCAGUAUGACAAAAAGUGGAAGCCAUAUAUGAGGGUUAGGGCUUGCUUGGAUGUGGGAAAGCCCCUGAAGAUUGGGACCACACUCAGAAAGGGACAGGGCGACGGGUAUUGGGUUGACUUUAAAUAUGAGAAGCUGCCUAGUUUCUGCUUUUCUUGUGGUAUUAUAGGACACUCUAACAGGUUCUGUCCUCUAGUAUAUGAGAAGGAUGUUGCAAACACCAUCAAGCCGUAUGGGGUCAGUCUACGAGCAGGAGGGGAGGCGCGUUUGGAGAGAGAAAGUAGGUGGAUCAUACCAGAUGGAUCUGGGGAGGGAAGCAAGUCAACUCGCAAGGAGGGUGGCAGUUCGGGCCCGGGAAGGAAAACUUGGGGCUUCCCUUCAGCAAGUAACUCAAUGGAUGGAGAAGAUAAUACGACAGCAGCAGCUAUGGAGGACAAGAGUGGAGAACCAAAGCGUCGGCGGACUUGGGAAGUAUCUGGCGAAGCAGGAGAAGAGGGUGAGACUAUGGUGCUGGACCCAAAAAACGGGGAGGGGGCGGGUUUGGACGCCUUGACCCACCACAUUCUUUGAAGAAGUUUGCAGGUGGGAACGGGUGCUGGUGCUCGUUCCGCUGUUUCAGGAUGCUCUAUAAUUCCCACGUUUUAUUUAUUCUUGAGUUUACUUUAUGUUAUCAGUACGUUUUUCUUUCAUUUACUGUUAUUUUGUUCUUCCAGACUAUUACACUUUGUGGGGGUGAUGAAGUUCUUACUCUGGCCAUGUUUGGCCCAUGUAGACCCAUGAUAGAGUCAGCGAAUCAUAUUGCUUUUAUUAAGGUGAUUGAUUCUCCAGCUGGUUCGAGGGUUGGUGGUCAGAAGUGCUUACUUUAUCAGUAUUGUCCCUUGCUGAGUGUUUUUUUAUCAAUAUAAGCCUCCCAGUUACAAAAAAAAAUAAAUUACUUGUUAUUUUAAGAGAAAAGGGUCAAAUAAGGCCUUCUACUUUUCUCAAAUCGUCACAUAAGGCCUUCUACUCAUAAAAGUGUCACCAACAUGCACUUACUUUUAAAAAACGACCACAUGAGUCAUAAUGACCGGUUAAAACCCUCUAUUCCCGAUUUUCGCUUAGCUGGCACUCUUUUUAACCAAUGUAGCGUUUUUUCCAUGUCAACCCCACCUUGUCUGAAUAGUCAGCCCCAACUUUGCCAUAUCUCGACAUACCUGGUAAAAGAGAACAAGAGAUCGAUCAUUUGUGACUAGGGUUAGGGAGAAAGAUGGAUUCCGCGAUUGGGGACGAUGAUUGAGAGUGAUGUCUUCUUUUUGCCGCUUGGGUUGUGACUGGGUUCGUUCGUUUACAUUUACAGGUUGCUUUGGGAAAGUAAAAUGUUUUUAGAAGCUGAGUUGAAAAUCCACCAUGGAGGGAAUUUCAAGAGUACCAAAUCUUGCAUAUGUAAAUGGUAAUGUUGAGCGUAUUGUUUUGGAGAAGGGCAGAAAGCUACUUUAUCAGUUAAGAGAUGAAAAUAUGAGUGUUGGUCGUGAAAUGAGUGAGUUACGAGCUGCACUGCAAUCUGAAAUUCAAGAAAGGAGGAAUUGUAUAUUGUUGAUUACAAUUGUAAUUGUAUUUGUUGUGGUAGCAAUGGCUAUGAUGAUAUGUGGCUAUGUGCACUAAAGUAGAAUUUUUAUGUAGUUCUUGCAAUAUGAAGUCACAUUGUAUAACAAUGUAAUUUAUAAUUUAAAUUUCUACAAUCAAGAGUUAUAUAUUUAACUUUUUUGUGAUGAUUUCUUUACAUACAUGUAUAUGAUAUGUGCCUUACAUAUCCAGAGAAGAGGAUGGAGAUAUAUAUCUAACUCUGUUAUGAUUUUGUGAUGAUUUUUGUGAUGAUUUUUUGUGAUGAUUUUUGCAAGUGUGGUCAGUUUCAACUUUUCAAGGUCAUGAUGUUCUCUUUUGCCACAAGUUGGGGCUCUUUUUAGUGGACAACAGUUGGGGCUCUUUCUACACCAGCCAGAUAUGUGAAAGAUUAA